GAGACAAAAGGGGCCGCGGCGGCCGGAGCGGGACGGGCCCGGCGCGGGAGGGAGCGAAGCAGCGCGGGCAGCGAGCGAGAUGCAGCGCCGAGGUUUCCUCCUCCUCGCCCUCCUCGCCCUGCUGGCGCUCACCUCCGCGGUGGCCAAAAAGAAAGACAAAGUGAAGAAGGGAGGCCCGGGGAGCGAGUGCGCGGAGUGGAUCUGGGGGCCCUGCACCCCCAGCAGCAAGGACUGCGGCGUGGGUUUCCGCGAGGGCACCUGCGGGGCCCAGACGCAACGCAUCCGGUGCCGGGUGCCCUGUAACUGGAAGAAGGAGUUUGGAGCCGACUGCAAGUACAAGUUUGAGAGCUGGGGGGCGUGUGAUGGGGGCACAGGCACCAAAGCCCGCCAAGGCACCCUGAAGAAGGCGCGGUACAACGCCCAGUGCCAGGAGACUAUUCGUGUGACCAAGCCCUGCACCCCCAAGACCAAAGCCAAGGCCAAAGCUUCAUUCCUGACUCACAGCAGCCCUGGAGGCCAACAGGGCCGAGGGGAAUCUGCCCACUUCUCAGCCAAGAAAGGGAAGGGAAAGGACUAGCGGCCAGGCCUGGAUGCCAAGGAGCCCCUGGCUUUACUCGGAGGCCUGGCCCAUGGCCUCCCUCUACCGGCCCAGGAUAUAACCCACCAGUGCCUUUCGCCUACUCGUUAGCUUUUUAUCAAUCACGCCCUGCUUCUUCCCUUUCACUCGCCCACACCCACCCCAAGUGCCCAAAGUGGGGAGGGACAGGGAUUCUGGGCAGCUUGAGCCUUGCCCAAAGGGAUGUGAGUCCCCUGUACCCACUUUUCUUCUUCCCCCAAUGAUGCCAUUACUAAGAAAUAAAUAAAUGUCUUUUUUUUUUUCCC